AGUGAAGGAGUGCUGUCGCUGAGGAUCGGCUUUCCCAGAGCGCCAGCAGCCUGUUGGACUGAGCCCAGUGGAGAGGGGGGCGCUCAGCCUGUGCUGCACACUGGGCUGCCUCUCCUGCGCCACUCCCGGACCCUACAGCUCCACAGCAGCACGGACGUGGGGAAUGUACUUCCAGCCGCAAAUGCCAGAAGUGUGACCAAACAACAAAUGGCCUCAACUCAAAGCAGCCUACGUAUCCAGGGAGAUGACAACCUGCAGUCCAUGAUCGUGGGGACAGUCAUGAGGAAGAUCAAGUCACGGACGUGGAAGAAGCAGCGCUACUUCAAGCUGCAGGAGGAUUGCAUGACCAUCUGGUACAAGUCCAAGAAGGCUGGGAACGCCCACUCUACAUUUUCUGUGAGUGACGUGGAGGCAGUGAGAGAGGGACACCAAUCAGAAGUACUGCUGAGCAUCGCCGACGAGUUCCCUGCCGACCGCUGCUUCACGCUCGUCUUCCGUGGGCGUCGCGGCAACCUGGACCUGGUGGCUGAGUCAGCAGAGGAGGCUCAGUCCUGGAUCAAGGGCAUGAGGAAGUUAAUCGAGAAUGUGGAAAACAUGGGCCAGCGGGAGAAGCUUGACCAGUGGAUCUGUGACUGGUUCAAGAAGGCAGACAAAAACAGGGAUGGAAGAAUGAACUUUAAAGAGGUGCAGGAUCUACUCAAGAUGAUGAACGUGGACAUGAACGAGGACCACGCUCGCCGCCUUUUCACAAUGGCAGACCGUUCCCGGUCUGGCACACUGGAGGGUGAUGAAUUUGUGCUGUUCUACAAGAUGCUCACGCAGAGGGAUGACGUGCUGAGGAUAUUCCAGCAGUACUCCAGAGAUGGACAGAAGCUGACCCUGCAGGACCUGGAGGAGUUCCUGUGCGAGGAGCAGCUGGAAGGCCUGGGAGGACAGCAGUGCGCCCUGGAGCUCAUUGAGCGCUAUGAGCCCUCAGAAACUGCCAAGAUGCUCAACGCCAUGUCCAUCGAUGGCUUUCUGAUGUACCUGGUCUCGCCAGAGGGCUCCAUCUUCAACCCUCAGCAUCGGGGUGUCUACCAGGACAUGACCCAACCUUUGUGCCACUACUUCAUCUCCUCCUCCCAUAACACCUACCUUCUGGAGGACCAACUACGGGGCCAGAGCAGUGUGGAGGGCUACAUCCGGGCCUUGAAGCGGGGCUGUCGCUGCGUAGAGGUGGACUGCUGGGACGGACCCAAUGGGGAGCCCAUCGUGUACCAUGGACACACCUUCACGUCCAAGAUCCUCUUCAAGGACGUUGUCACUGCACUGGGGAACUACGCCUUCAAGAUAUCCGACUACCCCGUCAUACUGUCCAUUGAGAACCAUUGCAGUUUAGAGCAACAGAGAGUUAUGGCCCAGCACCUCAACCACAUCCUGGACGACAAGCUGCUGAGGAGUACAGUGGGCAGCCCGAAUCAGUACAGGCUGCCUUCUCCUGAGGAGCUGAGGGGAAAGAUAUUGGUGAAGGGGAAGAAGAUCGGAGGACUGGAGGCGAGUCUGAAUGGGGCAGUAGAGGACUCCAUGACGGGGGAGGUGAGCGACGAGGACGAGGUCGCUGACAUCGACGAGGACCACCCACAUGCUGAGAGCAUUCGGCGAAAGGGAAAGAAAUCAAAGCAGCGUCUCUCCAAGGAGCUGUCUGAAUGUGUGGUGUACUGCAAGAGUGUCCACUUCAGUAGUUUCAAGCAUUCACGCCUUUAUUCCAAAUUCUACGAGAUCUCCUCUUUCGCCGAGUCCAAAGCCCGGAAGUACAUCAAGGAGGCAGGGGUAGAGUUUGUGCAGCACAAUGCCAGGCAGCUCAGCAGAGUGUACCCCAGUGGUCUGAGAACAGACUCGUCUAAUUUUAACCCACAGGAGAUGUGGAACGUGGGAUGCCAAAUAGUCGCUCUGAACUUCCAGACGGCAGGAGUGGAGAUGGACCUCAACGACGGCCUUUUCAGCCAGAAUGGCCACUGCGGCUACAUCCUGAAGCCCGAGUUCAUGAGGAUCUGCGAGAGGCACUAUGAGCCGGAGAACGCCCACGAACGCGAAGGCUAUCGGCCUGUCAGCCUCUCUGUCCAGGUGAUCAGUGGACAGCAGCUUCCCAAAGUGAACAUCAAGGAAGGCUCUAUCGUGGACCCCCUGGUGAGAGUGGAGAUCCAUGGUGUGCCAGUGGACCAGGCGAAGCAGGAAACCAAAUACAUCGACAACAAUGGCUUCAACCCGGUGUGGAACGACACUCUGCAGUUCACUAUCCACGCACCCGAGCUCGCCCUGGUGCGCUUCGUAGUCGAGGAUUAUGACAAGACCUCCAAGAAUGACUUUGUUGGCCAGUACACUCUCCCUUUCACUUCCAUUCAGCAAGGAUAUCGUCAUAUCCACCUGCUGUCCAAAGAUGGGACCACCAUUCCACCAUCAUCGCUGUUUGUUCACGUCAGGAUAACGAACAUAGUGUGACACGCGGCCGAGAGGCAGAUAAAUCCCAGCAGCCGUGUCUGCAACCGGGAGAAACACAUUUAUUAGGCUGACAUUGUACAAAAGUCUCUAUGAAUCUGUUAUUAAGAUACAGUAUAUGUGCGAAUUGCUGUGCUAUUUAUUCCAGUUUCACGUGCAAAAAAUGACAUUAUUUGUUGAUGGGACCACAUUAGUAGCCUUCAAAUUAUGGCCAAGCGGACAGAUAAGGGAAACUUCUGUAUAUGGCAGUGCUUAAAGAACCUAUGAUGUAACAAACGUAUUAAAUAUUUAAUGGCGCUUCGGUUGUGACAUUUUGCAUGAGACAAUGUGAACAGGCUUACGGGAGAAAGAUGACAUCGCCGAGAAGAGACGGGACAUCUAAUGGACCAUGACAUGAGACAUUCCAGCAGUUGUUGUCAUGGCACUUCUGAAGUGAGACUCGUUAAACUUAACCUUCAGACGAGAGGUCAAAUGAGAGGUGUGGACUUCUCACCUGGCCUCAAUCCACCAGAGAAUUUGUUUCUGGAUCCACACUAUGGACACUUCUUAUACCACCGAAUCAGCAAAUUUAAAUGUUGGUUACGAAGUAUUAGUGCGCCAAAAAUUGCACUGAGGAGUUCAGCCUGUUUAGCGAGCUUAACGCAGUUUUAUUGUCUUGGGAAUCGGUUUCUACUUUGCUAAUCUCUAGUAUUUAAUACCUUUGGGGGGAUGGUUAAUUUGGUUGAGAUCACUAUACUGCUAUGAAAUAUAUGUAUAUUGUACUUCACAUAAUCAAUUAUGAUGCUUAAGCAUAUAAUUAGAGCACUCAAAAUUAUGAUGUGUAAUUUAAAUCAUUUAAAUCAGUGUGCCACUAGAUGGCAGAAAAAUAACGAUUUUGCAACUACUACAACUGAAACCAAACUGACUGACUAAGGACACAAGUUAAAAACCAGUGUCCCUGUCAUGUAGUGCUGGGUAUCAUCUAAUGGUCAGUUCUGUCUGGCUCAUGGGCGCCAUCAUGUGGUACCUUAGCUUACUAGCAAGACAUGAAAAAUUAAAUAUCAGUCGUUGGCUUUCUAUUACUCAUCAUUUUCACUUUUCACCAAAGCGAUCCACAUGUUAUCCUGCAUUACUAUGUGCUUUAACAUCAACAUUCCAGAAUAACCUUGAAUUCUCUGGUACGCACUGAACACCUUUUCUGAGUGUGGUAUCUGACCGUAAUGAUUUUAUAUAAAACAUCCAUUUUGCUGCUAGUGUUUUCAUAUUAAAUAUUUUAUACUUUUA